CACACAGUGUGACAGGUUGUCCGUGCAAGCAGGUUUUUUCAUUUGUGGCUUCAUGCAGCCCUGUGUGUUGUCCUGCGGUCUGUUGGACAGCAAACCAGGGAGGGACAUUUCUGCACACCUCUUGAGUUUCUUCAAAGAGCUGCAGAGAGACACAGGGGAGGAGGAGGAGGAGGAAGAGGAAGAGGAGAAGGAGGGGGAUAUCACAGAGAGAGAGAGGGGCUGGAGAGUUGAAAUCAUCCCAUCCUUCGCUUGUGAGCUGCUUGGAUCAGUUUCCUUCUGCACUCAGAUGUAACCGGAUAAAAUGCUGAAGUUCUUCUCUGCGCGGGAUGACGAGAAUGAGAGCCUUUUGGGAGGAAUAACUGAGGGUAAGAGAAUUGCAGCGGGGCGGGGAUGCUUUACAACCCCGUGCAUUGCAUUGGCAUUACAGGAUGAUGUUACUGCGCGUCUGUUUAUCACUGAAAACCGCUGAUACAGCAUUCGGCCGCGCGCAUCAUCCAUGAAGCGUGUGAGUGCGUAUUGCGCACAUGUGAAGACAUGCUGCGCACAUAACGCGCGCUCUCUUCAUUCACGGUAAACAGCCCACUAGUGAGAUGUCCCGUUUUGGUGUGUUGUUACGGGAUGCGGACAGAGUGUCGCAUUGCUGCCGGCCUCGGUGCCUUCGAGCGGAUUAAACAUUUGCACGUGUGCUGUUUGCGUCACCGUCCGAGGAAGCGAUCGUUGCUGUCAGCCCGGAUCAGCUCUGCCCCGCCGUCGUUUCUGGAAAGCUUUUCACUGAAGCCCACAGCAGGAAACGACCCGCAUGUCGUUUUAUGUCUGUCUGAUAACGCUGCAAUGCAGUUUCAGCCGUAAAUUAAGUUCUUUAUCCCGUUUUAUGAACGCAGCUGGAUCCUACCUAUCACAUAAUCUGUCUCAUUUGGUGCCAAGCCGCGUGUUCAUUGCAGCAAAAUCAUAUCAGAUGAACAGCCCCGGGUUGCAAUGUUUUGUAAAGGUUUUCUCUUGCUUGUUUUCAGUCAUUACUAUUCAUGAACCUCUAGGUGCUCCAGCUUAAUAAAACUGCAGCCAUAUGGACACAUUAACUGGUUUUGCAUCGCGCGCUGGUAAUGCACAGAGAGGGUCAUUACGUAAUCACAGGAGGGAGGGGUGUCCGAAGAUAAACAGUAAUUUUGCUUUAUUAUAGGAGAAGGUAAUUUCCCUCUGAGUGUAAAAGACCGUGCCGAGAUCAUGAGCAAAUACACCAAUUUCAUACAAACACAUUAAUCAGGUUAUUAGAAAAUAGGGGAGAGUGGGGUAAGAUGAGACAUUUUUCAUAUUUCAGAUCACUACAUCAAGGCAAUCAUAGUUUUGUUUCUAACUAGUGUAUCUGCAUAUAUUUCAAAAUGUUGUUCAUCCCUGCAAACCAACAGAAUGAGUGUAAACAGAACUGUCAUGAUAAUAAAGCAUGCCAAAAAAGUGGUCUCCUACCCCAUGUAUGGGGUAAGUUGAGCCACAACCACCACUCUCCACCCCAGCCCUCCCUCACCUUCUCUCUCCCUAAAUAACAGUCACUUCUUUACAUUCAUGUGUAUUUUUAUCUAUACGCUCUUCAACCAGUACAAUAAUUCUUUUUUAUUAUUAUUGCAAAUAACUGCUAAAAAGCUGUUUUCUAAAAAAGCCAUUUUAACAUGAGAAUGACUUUUAGUGAUUCAGAACAUUCACAGCUGUAUUUUUGAAAAGAAAAAACAUUUCAACAAUCUGAACUGAAACUCUGAUCCUCUCAUCAGACUCCUUUACUUUCUCAGUUUGGCUUAACUUACCCCAAAACUACUAUUCUGACUUUAUUAGUCCUCUACGCUAAAAUGGUGGACUUUUAUUCUAGGUUUUCGACCUCAUGUUGUAGCUCAUAGAUACCACAAUUGAUGUAUAAAACAAAUUUACUUUUUGCUCUUUUUUGGUCUGAACACAAUUCUAAUAAAACUUAUGACAGACUAAAUUCACUUUCAAGAGUGAAAAAUGUUUUUUUGGAAAUAAAUGUCUAACCCCUUCACCCAUGUGCUUCUAACCUUCACAGACUCCAUGAAUUGAUGCCCAUCGCCUAAAUAUUUGGUCACAUGAUCAAUUUCUUUUACCAUUUUCAAACAACAGGGGGUGGCUUAACUUACCCUUUGGCUCCACUUACCCCACUCUCCCCUAUGCGUGGACAAGAGAGAAGCGAAAAACUUGGAUCCAGGCUCAGAUGUGCAAAACGUUUAUUAGUUUGUUUUGGGUUUUCAAUCAGAGCCACACAAAUGCUUUAAUACCAGAAUAUACUCCAUUGUAAACAGCUGUAAAACAAUAACAUAACAUCUGCUUUAUAUGGACACUCCAUGUACAAAGCCAAUUAGAUGUAGACUCGCUAUUGACCUGCUUUCUAGCAAAUGAGAGUCUAUGUGCAAUCAAUUGCCUAUACUGCUGCCAUUGGUUGAACAUCUAUUAGUCUCUCUCUUCUCUUUUCUGUGCUGCUCUGAGAUCAGCUCAGACCAACCUCUCAAGGGCACCUGACAGCUAAUACUUCUGUAAGUGAUGAUGGGAAGUAAUGAGUUAUGUCCAAGGUGAUGAAAUCAAUGAUCACAUGCUGCUAAAUGGUCACUUAGAGUAAGUGAACACAGCCCUCUUACUUAAUGAGUCAUUAUUAAUGAGCACGCGUUCACUGUGUGUUACAGAUGAAGGAGACAAUCCAUCUCUGCAGGACACCAAGCACCACUGGUUGAACCGACCCUGCCUGCUGGUGCUCAAUGACGGGGACGUGUCCAAAACGGGAUUGGGAAGCGGCCAAAUACGAGCAGAGUCUCCAUCGAAAACUUCAUCGGAUGCGUCAGUCAGAAGCAGCUCAGGGCCAUGUGAGGAGAAACCAUCAGAACAUCCUGCCAAGACUGCCUCCCCCUCCCAGUUGGAGGAAGGCAGCUGCACCGUGACUUCCAUUUCCACAUGGGGUGAGAGCUGUUUUGGGGAGACUCCCAGUCCCUUGGUGCUGAGUCCAGCUGAGGCAGCGUGGCCUGAAGAAGAGGAUGAAGAGGAAGAGAGAAAACACAAGGUUCUCCCAUCGAAAGAGGACUCUGUGAUUGAGGAGAAGGAGCUAGAGGAAAGCAGGCUGGAGCAGCAAGAGCCAUCCUGCAGCUCAGAGGGGACUGCAGCACCCUCUGCUCUCUCACAGGAGGAGACACAUGGCAGGAGGCCCAGGGAGCUCAGGAUGCUUAUAUCUAAUGGAGGAAAUGAGACGGACAGCAACACUGGUGAUGAGGGAGCGAUGGGGGACUGUGCAGCCUCCCCCGCUGAUCCUAAUAAUGAGUCCCUGCCAAGUCCUGUGGGAAUUCUGUCCAAAGAUCGAGGCACUGUGCUCGGAGAGGUGGCUCCUGUGUGGGUCCCUGAUGCUCAGGCUCAGGUCUGCAUGAAGUGUGGAGUCAAGUUUACGUUUACCAAGAGGAGGCACCACUGCCGUGCUUGUGGAAAGGUAAGGAAAGAUAUCAAAGUUUGUAUUUUAAAGUCAUUUUUUGAGUGUAGUUGACAUGGGAAAUGUUACUGUGUGAUGGCAGGUUUUUUGUGCAGUUUGCUCCAACCUCAAGUUCAGACUCUCACAUCUGGAGGGAAAGGAGGGACGAGUUUGUGUUUCCUGUCAUUCAAUGCUUGUCAAAAGUAAGCAACAAUUUUCCUUUCUCAAAUUUUCCAGUUUGGAUUAAAACUUAUGUGCCAUUUUUACAUGUUCUCCUCAGGCACACCUCCGAGGGGGAAAAGACGGGUAUGGUUUGCUGAUGAAAUCCUCCCCAGUAAGCAGACAGAGUCUGCUCCAACCACACCAACAAGAGGGCCCACAUUCUCCCCGCUGAUGAGACGAGCUCUGGGUGGGCCAGGUAGAAGUCCAGUAGGGUCACCCCAGCUCAGGAGAGCUCUCCGGCCACGUGGGACGAAUAUUAAUGUAGGAGAGUUGGAAUUAAUCCAAAAGAAUUGAGUGUUGUCUUCAUGUUUUUAAAUAUGGUCUCACUUCUCUGCCUCCCUGUUCCAUUAGGAGGCUUGUGGUCCAUAUGGUUGGGGAACCACCGCUUUAGUAAGCAGCUCUGUGAACCUCAUUCCCUUGAAUGGCCUUCCGCCGAUCCUCACCUCCACUGGAGUCAAAGGAGGUGAGAGAGGAGUUAGAUUGUGCUUCAAAAAUUAUGCAAAACAACUGUCUUACUUUGUUCACGUUGGCGCAGAUGUCGGUGUUCUGACAACCUUUUAGUGCGCUCUUCUCCUGAGAGACAGGAUAGACUUUGAAGUAAAUUAGGCAGCAUUAGGUUAGGUGAGAUUUUUGUCUCUGAUGUUGAGGAGCUGACAAAUUACUGAUGACUGAAGGGUUCGCCAGCAGUCUCUUCAGGAUAGUGUUGAAUAUAUUUACUAGUUUAGGCUUGACUGGUGUGAAUCAAUAGGUUAAUGUGAGUGCUUUCUUCAGGACAGUGCAGAUGUCACUCCAAACACCAGGCUGGUGUAAAACAACCCUACAAACGUAUUUUACUCUCUUUGCAACACUUUCAUGUUUGUAAUUAUGCACUAAAAAGGAGAGCAGCAGGUGCACAUGGAUACUCCAUAUUUGGCUUUGAAUACACACCCAGGAUCCCACAAAAUAGAGCCUAUCAGAAACCAGUCUCAAUAAGAUACAGAAACACUGCAACACUGCAUUGCAUGUAACCUGGCAUGCUACAAGUAAGUCACAAGGACAGGUAGUUUGUGAAUGUGUAUCCAGGGGUUAUAUUUUACCUCUGUCUAAAGUCAAGUCUAUUUCUGACUUACACUAACUUUCACAAUAACGGAGAACUCAAAGUGCCUGGCGAAGCAGUUUUUAUUUUUUUUAUAUGUAAGUAUGAAUUAAUGCUAUCUUACCUUGUAUCCUGAAGGGCCCUUCUUCAAUGACUAUAAUGACUGUUGUAAUCCCACAGAUUACACUGUGGAGGAGCAGCCCUCUGAGAUGUUACUAAUCCAGGAACUGGAGAGUGGCAGGCCGAAGCCCCUGGUGUUUGUCCUGAACGCUAACCUACUCGCUAUGGUCAAGUUGGUCAACUGUAAGUGCUGCCUUUUCAUCUUGAAGAACACAUUGCAUCGCUAAUGUCACAUAUUUGACACAGUAGCAUUCAAGUACAGUGAGGAUAAAUCCUGCAGAUAAGAGUGAGGUGCCAGAAAAAUGAAAAGAAAAUCAUUAAAUUUACUGUUUUUAAGCUUUUGUAACCCAUACAUUCACCUCCUUAGAAUGUAGUUAUUCAUAAUCUAUUUAAAGAUUAACUAAAUUGUUUUCCAUUUCAUUUAACAGAAUCAGGUUAAUGGGAUAUUCCGGUGUAAAAUUAAUUUAGGGUUAAACACACCGCAACACAGAGUUAGACACCCCUGUGAGAGAUGAAUGUUGCCGACCGCUUGCUUCUCUAGGUAUACCAACUUAAGUAAUGACUGCAAGAUAGCAAUACACAGCGGUCUAUGGAGCCACACACAAACCUCAACCAAAACGCCAAUCUAUAGCCACAAAUAAUGCUCAGAACAGCACCUAACUUCAUCAACAGUACAUAUAGGGUCCCAGCCAUAGCACUAGCCACCAAACAUCUUUUUAAUUUUGCCUAAUUUCUUUAGCAACGAGACUAAACACAACUAACCUACUCUCUUCCAACAGUCGCUUGUUUGUAGCAAGACCUCGGGCCAGUCCAUUAAGGACUAUAGCAGGGUGACGCAGCUCAGGGAAGAACAUUUUUGAUCAUUUUUUUAUCAUUUCCUUGAAGUAAUAAUCAUCAAAUUAAUCAUUUUGUACUGCAGACACAGUAGUUCUUCUGCCUUAGCGUCUCGGUCUGAUUUCAUUUCCAUGAAGAAAUUAUAAAUGUUCUUUCUUAAGCUGCGUCACCCUGCUGUCAUCCGUAAUGGACUGGCCCGGGGUCUCGCUACAAACAAGCGGCUGCUGGAAGAGAGUAGGUGAAUUGUGUUUAGUCUCUUUGUGAAAGAAAUUAGGCAAAGUUAAAAAGAUGUUUGGUGGCUAGUGUUAUGGCUGGGACCCUAUAUAUACUGUUGAUGAAGUUAGGUGCUGUUCUGAGCAUUAUUUGUGGCUAUAGAUUGGCGUUUUGGUUGAGGUUUGUGUGUGGCUCCAUAGACCGCUGUGUAUUGCUAUCUUGCAGUCAUUACUAAAGUUGGUAUAACUAGAGAAGCAAGUGGUCGGUAACAUUCAUCUCUCACGGUGGUGUCUAACUCUGUGUUACGGUGUGUUUAACCUUAAAUUAAUUUUAUGCCGGAAUAUCCCUUUAAGUUAUCUGUUUACACUCCUUGCAACAAAAGUGACCAAGUAUCACUUUAAUGAGGUCUUUAAAUUCCUACUCUUCAGUACACUAAACUAUACGUCUGCUAGGACAGCACGGCUGCACAGCUGUAGACAUUUUUAACCCUGCCACUCUCCAUAAGCACCACAUAGUUGUUGUUGCUGUCAUGUACCAAAUUACUUGAAAUCGUUUCUUUUUUGCCGCUCUCAAACAGAAAGAGCUAUGAUGGCAGCCGUAAUAGAUCCAUGCUUUAAGAGGAAUUGAUUUCUGGUAAAACAGGCAGAUUUUUCACAGGGCUCGCAAAUUAUUAUUGUAUUGGAUCUGUGCAAAGAUUGGUGGCUUGCUGUUACGGAUACUCCAUUUAAUGUGCAAGUGGAUGUGUUUUAAAUGCAGCAAUAGGAAUACGGAAGACCUCAAACAAACAAAUCUAUAAAAUGAUCAACAUGAAGACAUUUAAUUUGUCAUCUUAAACAAGAACAACACAAAAUCCUAGCCUAAGAGGUAGCAAGACUCCAUAACAGAUGCCUCUCUCUCUUCUGAUGCCAGUACAAGUAUUUUAAAGCAAAUAACAUAAUUUAUGGAAGUAAAAGGUGCAAGAACUACAGGGAAUAGAAACAUUUGUAUCCUGUAGAAGAUAACCACGUGGGAAAAAAACUCUCCCUGUACAACCUCAGGGUUAAAUACAUUAUUUGUGUGACAGAUGUUAACAGGAAAUGCUGGUGCGUUACGACAAAGGGGAUGCAUGCUGUGGGCCAGGUGGAGGUGGUGGUGCUGCUGCAGUGCUUACCUGAAGAAAAAAGCUUCCCAAAAGAUAUUUUCAGCCACUUCAUCCAGCUGUACAGGGACACCCUCACAGGUCGGAGCCGCAAACACAUGCUCACUCCAGGUCACUUUGACAUUUCACGUAGUAGCAUUGAUGUGUUUUACUGACAUUUUUAUUGGCUGUUACCUAAAUCAGAGCAUUUUUCCUGUUAUAAUAGUAACUCUAAUAAGUCAUUCUGUCUGUGUUUGCGCAGGAAAAGUUGUGAAAAACCUGUCGCUGUCCUUGUUCGGCAGCAGUUUUCUGGGCAGUCAGGAGCAUGCCGGCUUCUUGUACGUUCGUGCUACUCUACAGUCUCUUCAAGGUCUACCUCUGCCAAACCAGCCCUACCUCUUCGGCCUGCUGGUCCACAGGGCAGAGGUGGCCUGGGCCAAAGCCUUCCCUCUGCGUCUCAUGUUGAGAUUGGGGGCUGAAUACAGAUGUGAGCCAGGAUGUUGUAUGAAAUAGUACACUUUUUACCUACUCAGCUUUUCCUUGUAGUCACUCACUUACUUUGUUUUCCAGUUUACCCAUGUCCUCUGUACAGUGUUCGCUUUAGGAAGCCCUUGUUUGGGGAAAUAGGCCACACCAUCAUGAGACUGCUCGUGGUGAGUUUGACAACCUGUAGCAACUGUCGAUCACAAAGUGACAUUUCCCGUUUUUAAUAGGAAGUGUGCAGUGACUUACUGUAACUGUUAUCGCAAUUCCCAUAAACUGUGUUGAAAUUAUAUUCUUCCCAUCCUGUCACAGGACUUUAGGAAUUACCGUUACAGCCUACCCAUGGUGCCAGGUCUCACUGUGGAUCUAGAAGCUCAGAGGACCUGCAUCAAGAUACCAACCACUGGGUUUAAUGAGGUUAGCUCUAUAAUACAUAAAGGGUAAAAUAAGGCAUUUCGUUGCCCAAGGAUAUUGUGUCCACGUCUUUAGAAAGCCCAACUCUUUCCUCCUCUGUUAAAGCCAAUAGUGUCAACCAACACACGUUUGUGUAAGAGUGGAAAUGAACCCCAAAUUGUAUCAAGAGAUUCAGUAUCAUGUUUGUCCCCCCAAUCUUCUAUCCCAGGCUUGCAUAAACAAUGUUACUAAGAAUAGGCAGCAUUUUGGUCCUCAUGCAUUUGCCCUAAAAGGUGCCAUAAAUAAAAAAUUGCCUUAUGCUUUUACUAUAUCACUAAUUGUCAUUCUCCUUUCUCUAUCUACUUGUCUGUUGUUAGCUAAUGAAGGCGUUAAAUAAGUCCAAUGAGCAUGUGCUGGCCAUUGGGGCAUGUUUUAAUGAGACUGCGGACUCCCACCUCAUCUGCGUCCAAGGGGACGAUGGCCAGUAUCAGACCCAAGCCAUCAGCAUCCACAAUCAGCCGCGGAAAGGUGAGCCAUAAGGAUUCUGUGAGAGGCACAGAAUUACAGAUUCAAGACUUAGUGUGAUGGAGAGGAGAGUCCUGAUUGAGUGAUGCGGUCUAAUACAUGUUGUGAAGGUUAAUUUGAAUUCUUUAUUUAAAUUAAAUAAAUGUGUUAAAUCCUCUCUGACUGUGCUAACCACUACGAGCAAUCCAAAACGAGAAGUCUGUAUUUCUUUUAAAUGUUUUAGUUUAUUUCAAAUACUUAUCUGCAAAUGCUAAACCUUUUAAUUGGUACUGAAAAUAUACUGUAUAUAAUCAUGAAAUUUUAUCCAAAAUACCAAAGAAAUAAUUUGGAAUUUCCUAAAAGUAAUUUUGUAGAAAUAUUUGGUGAUAUUUUUGAAGGCUACAAUAAUAAUAAAAAUACUACUACUACUACUAAUAAUAUUAUUAUUAUUAUUAGUAGUAGUAGUAGUAGUAGUAGUAGUAUUAGUAUUAUUAUUGUUGUUGUUGUUGUUGUUGUUGUUAUUAUUAUUAUUAUUAGUAGUAGUAGUGGUAGUGGUAUUGGUAUUAUUAAUAAUAAUUAUAAUAAUAAUAAUAUGUGUUAUCAAACAUGGCACUUGAAGUACUUUUUAACAGAACUGGAUUAAGAGAUGACAGGAGAACUAAAGGUUUUAAGAGCCCACUGGAUUGAACCUUCUAUUUUAUACCACUAGAUGGCACUACAUGAUUGUUUUUUCUGGUGAACUCUUGCACAGCUGCUUUCUAAAGAGCCUUAUUUUUCUCUGUCCUGUCUGUUUUACAGUGACUGGAUCAUGCUUUUUCAUAUUCAGUAGUGCACUGAAAGCGUCUGCAGGAUACCUCGCCAAGUCCAGUAUAGUCGAAGGUAGGAUGUGGAAUCAGAAAGGAGGCGUGCUGACAUCGACUUUUCCUCCACUUGCAGGAGAUUCAUUGUUUACUUGAAGUAGUGCAUGUUAACCUGGCUGCUUCAAAACUGGUUUAUUCAGAGCGUGUUGAUCUUUGUAUGUGUGUGUCUGUGUACAUUAUAACAGACUGUUUGUCCAGGUGUGUGUACAUGUUGAUGCAUGUGAGUGUAUGCGUGUGUGUGUGUUUCUCUGUUGAUGUCUGUGUGUUUUGGUAUGUGUGCGUUUCUCCUGUAUCGCUGCCCCCUCUCCCUCAGAUGGGUUAAUGGUUCAGAUCACUGUGGAAACCAUGGCAGAGCUUCGGCGGUCACUCCGGGAGAUGAAAGACUACACCGUCACCUGUGGGCGGCUUGACCAAUCAGACAGCCAGGAGCUUGUUUGUGUACAGUGGGUGGAGGAGAAAUGCACUGUGAACAAGGGGUGAGUGUUCCUUCCUGUUUGAAGUUCAUGUGGCAGCUUUAGAAAUAAAGGCGGAUACUAUAGACAUACUGCAAAACAACCUUUUGAAUAUUUUACUGAGCCUUUUGAGUAGAAUAGUCAAAUGUUGAGGGGCUGAUCAACCAUAAACCCAUUAUAUCUGAGCUUCAUAACAACCUGUGGUUUAUUCAUACAUGUGUUUGUGUCCAUUAGAGUUAUAAGUCCCGUUGAUGGGAAAUCCAUGGAGUCAAUCAGCAGUGUGAAGAUGUUCCAGAAAUCAGAGUACAAAGAAAACGGAAAGAUCAUCCGCUGGACAGAAGUACAUUUUAUGAUCUGCUUCAGUUAUCAAUAUCGGUCUAUUUGAAUCCCCCUAUUCUUUACAUUUCCGUGUAUUUUUGCGCAGGUUUUCUUUCUUCAAAAAGGAAACCAUCCCAAAGGAGGGUUGACCGACUCUGCAGAACAUAACCGAUUAACUGAGAGGAUCGCUCGAGCGUUUUGCUUGGCGCUGUGUCCACAUCUCAAGCUGCUUAAAGAGGACGGGAUGGCCAAACUCGGGCUGCGGGUCGCUUUUGAAUCUCAAGAGGUUAGAAAAGAUAUUUAGUAUAGGAAAGCUGAGUCACAAUGCCUCAAGGUCUCAAGGUCUCAAAGAUUUGAGGCUGGUAAAAGCCUUGAAGACAUCAGAUACGUUUUAUCUCCUUUUGAUAAGAGGGCAACAUCAUGAAGAGAGCUCUAAAAGGUCAAAAUGCCCUCACUAUGUGGUUCACUUCAGGCAAAAUGUCACUUACUGACCUCUACCACACAAAGACGGCUACAUUUCAAGUUCAAGACCAUCUCAAAUCAUAGUGUAGUUCCAGCUUUUACUCUGGUAGGCACUCGAUCAAUCGCAAUUACUCUGAUAACAAAUUGCAGGAUACGAUGUGUGACUCAUGUUACUCAACGUUUACAAACAAGCUCAUGGGUGUGACUCCAUAAAAAGUAAUUAUUAAUUUGUUUUGAUUCCAGGUGGGAUUCGUGGCUGGCAGCAACGGGCAGCCCCUCCCAGCUCAGUACCUCAACGCCCUGGAUAGCGUGCUGAUCCCUGUCAUACACAGCAGAGGGCGCAAACGAGGAGAUGAGCCUAUAGUGAUGGAGCUUAUCUUUUACAUCCUGGAGAACAUCACUUAAAAGUGCAAAACAGAUUUUUAACCCUGACCACUACUCUGUCUCUGGCACUUCUCAUCAGUGCCGCCAUCCGUUUCAGGGCAAUAAAAGUAUUCAAAGGGCGAACCAGACCACAUCCAAGGUCUGCUUCCAUCUCACCCACUCACAGAUAGACAGAAGUGGUCUGACUCUUAGUGGUUUUUUGAUCUCACGCUGCCCCGCAGCAGACCAUCUGGGUACGCAUGCCACCUAGAACACAACAUCAGAUCAGGGUACUGCACUGUACAGUAGUAGCAACUUUGUAGCGUCAUAUCAUUCACUGAUUCAAUAAACCCUCCCCAUACAGAAAUAACCUUUAAUAUAGGUGCUGGAUUCGGUCCUGCAACCUUAAAGCAAAGAGAAAAAGAGAAUGACUUGAAGUUCUGUAUGUAGAAAAGCUGCAGCAAUUUGAUGCACACUGAAUGAAUGCCUGAAGAAUGUUUUCAUACUGGAUCUAUUUUAAUUGAUUGCUCAUGAAAUGUUAUGUCAGCCUGAAAUUAAACUUGCAACGAUGAAUGA